AUGGAUGGCUCCACUAUAGCGGUAUUGGUGGCCGGAGUUUUGCUCAGGUUUUCGGUAUUUCUGUGGAUUCCAAAUCUAGCCCAUGUUUUGGACCAGUUUUCUCUUUUCUCUACUCCUAUAAAUUCAUACAGAACUUUGAAUGAAGGCAUAUAUCUUUUAUCAAACAACUUGAACCCUUAUCAGCAAGGUGAAAUUAUACAUCACCCACCAUUACUUCUCAAGUUUUUCGCCAUUCUAAAAAACUCUCAAAUUGAAGAUAAUUUCAAUACAAAUCUUUUUUACUCUGUCCUGGACCUUUUCAUUUGUCUUCAGUUGAUAAAAAUAAGCGGUCUCUUGAAUGGUAAGAAAGGGUUUUCUCCUUUCAAGAUUGCUUGUUUCUACAUGUUCAAUCCGUUUACUUUGUUGACAACAUUCGCUAGGUCGACAUAUUUGACUAAUAACCUCAUACUCAUCUCCACUUUCAGUUGCCUAAUGAAAAAUCAAGUGGAUGUCGCAAUUGUACUAUUAUCAUUAUCGACAUAUUUGACUUACUAUAGUUGGUAUUUGCUAAUCCCUAUUUGCUACUCCAUCUAUCAAGAAAAAAAGAAAGUAAAGUCUGUUAUUAGUGCCGUGUUAUUGUUCCUAGCACCGAUCGGUGUAUUGUUCGGAGUGAGCUAUAAUUUGAGCAACAAUUCCUUCAAUUUCAUUAAUCUUUGCUAUGUGACUCUCAUCAAAUUUAAAAAGAUAACACCAAAUUUGGGAUUAUGGUGGUAUUUCUUCACUGAAAUAUUCGAGUUUUUCAACGAUUUCUACUUAUCAGUUUUCAAUCUCUAUGGGUUCAUAUUCAUCUUCCCACUGUCUAUAAGGUUUAUAACUGCGGGAAACAAAAUGAACCUUUUAUUUGUGAUAUGGAUCAUAAUAGGAAUAACCAACUUCUCAAAACCCUAUCCUGUGUUUUCAGACUACAGCUUGUUUUACUCAUCAGUUUUUCUAUUCAAACCAUACUAUAAAUUUUUGAAAUUUAGCCCUGUUGUCAGUUAUGUUGCAUUAUUUGUGGUAUUUCUUCAAGCACCAACAUUUUACGUCGUUUGGAUGAUAUUAAACUCAGGUAAUGCCAAUUUCUUCUACGCUAUAAGCCUUGCCCUCAAUCUUGUACAGACGGUAAUUUUGAGUGAUUUUUUGUGGGCAUUCCUUCAAGCUGAGUACUACAACACUCACAUAUCAAAAGAUUCUGAAGAGCAGUAUCCUAAGCUUACUCAGCUUUGA